UCCAUUCGCAUUCGAUGAAAUUCGAUGAAGCUUGCAAAAAAUUCUACGGCAAGAAGUUGCGUUCGUGGUCGGUGUGAAUUUUAAAUUCGAAUAUUUCCCUGUCAAACUUUGCCGGUCCGGUUACAAUUUGAUGUAAAACAACUGUUCGACGCUCCGGUUCUCGUAAUUAGUCAAAAGAAUUUAGGAAACAAUGGCCGAUGAAAGUCUUCUGAACGACUCCAACUUGGGAGCUCUGGGAUCCAAUGAUGACGAUUCGGAAGUUGAUUUUGGAGGAGGACUAUUUGAAAGGCGCUGAUAUGCAAAUCGAUCCGGAACUGGAAGCGAUCAGUCGUGUCAAAGAGAUGGAGGAAGAGGCCGAGAAGUUGAAACAACUUUCAAACCGAAGUUACCCAAACAGAUGACGCUUGGGUCCCCCACCGGAGUCACUCCGAUCUCUGACGGCAGAAGAAAAAGCCGAAAUUGAUAACCGUUCCAUCUACGUGGGUAAUGUCGAUUACGGAGCAACGGCGAAGAAUGAAGCCCACUUCCAUGGCUGUGGCACCAUCAAUAGGGUAACCAUUCUGUGCAAUAAGGCCGACGGGCAUCCGAAGGGUUUCGCCUACAUAGAAUUCGGUUCGAAGGAGUUCGUCGAAACGGCACUGGCCAUGAAUGAGACCCUGUUCCGUGGGCGGCAAAUCAAGGUCAAUCCGAAACGUACCAACCGACCGGGAAUGUGCACCACCAAUCGGUUCCCCCGCGGCUCCGGUUCGCGGCCGGGGAGCACGGAUUUCGAGGGCAUGCUGCUACAGGAGGACACCGAGGAUCACGAAGACCUGCUCGUGGAUAUCGAGGAAGGGCCACCUAUUACGCACCGUAUUAGGGAACGCAAGUCGAACAAGACACACGACCCCGAUAUUCGCUGCAGCACGCAAACAAACUCACGUUUAGUUUUUAGGGCAUCCCAUCUAGAGGAUGAGAGGACACUGGGAAGCACCAGUGGCAACUAGGAUUAUUAUUAUUAUAUUUGGUUACGAAAAUCUUUUCAAAAAACAUUAUUUGUCUUCGAGUUUUCUCUGAAAAAAAAAACUUCAAACACGGAUGCAUUGCUAAAGCAACGUUCAUUUGCCAGAACGUUUGAAAAUUUUCAACCAUAAGCCAUUGUCACAGUGUAACCAAUGAUGGAAAUAAUGUUUUUUGAAUUCGUUCAAAACAAUAAAACAAACGGAAACGGAAUGCCACAUCAAAAAAAAGAUCCAUUGGAAUGACUCAAAAAAGCCAACACAAAAAGAUGCGGAACAACGAAAAAAAUAUCAAAAAAGAUACACAUGGCACAGCACACCAAAAGAUGGCAAAAAUAAAAGACAAAAAGAUGGCAAAAGACGAGAGAAAAUCCGCCACCAACGAAUAAAAAAAGAUCCAUGGCAAUGAGAAAAGAAGACAAAUAUUUUGAAAAAAUAUAUUUGAAAAGAUACAACCGGAGAAAAGAGGACCUGGAGCCCACACAAUGAAAAUGAUGAAAUAAAGGAGCAACAGUAAAAAAAAAGAUCGAGGCGACAACAAGACAUAAAAAAAGAAAUCAAAAAACAAGAAGUAAAACACAAGGUUUAAGUAUUAAAGUAUAAAACGUAAGAAUAUAAAA